ACACAAGACAAGAUGGAAGCGCCAACCAAACCAACGACAUCGUCGCUGUUCGAGGUCUAUCUCCGUCUACGACCAUCAUUCGCGCCCAAUGCAGAGAGAUUCCUCGACGUCGAUGCGGCCGACGACAAAGCAGCACCCACGCACAUCACAAUCCACCCGCCCGCACACGAUCAACGCAGAAAGGCAGUCGAGACUUUCAAGUUCACCAGAGUCUUUGAAGAGGAGGCAACACAACUCGACUUGUUCCAUGGCACCGGUCUGGACUCGAUGAUGCAGGGUGUGCUGGGCGCCGAGGGUAGAGAGGGCCGUGACGGGCUCUUUGCUACUCUCGGUGUCACUGGCUCCGGCAAGCGUGGACUGACGCAGCUCACCCUCGACGUGCUCUACCAGAAUCUCGGCGACCAGCUCAUCUCGACAAGACGCGAUCAACUCGCCCUACAGUCAGUCUUCGCUUCCGACACGUCCGAAGCGCACAUGUCAGCCGCCAACCAGUACCUCGAAUCCAUCUACGGCGAUGCUUCGUCAGACACUCGUUCUCACUCGANNGAGCUCAAUCGAGAGCUGCAACUCCCCCUCAUGGUACGACCAACUUCUCCUUCAAAACAGGGCUUGUAUCCCAGCCUCAACCAUCAAUCAUGUAUCUCCACCACUUCGUGUAUCGCCUGCUCCACCAAGAGCAAUCAGCGCCAUUCCUGUGUCCAAAGACCACAACCUUCAUCCAUCUUCAGUUUCCUCCAGCGCCCUGUGACAAGAAGUCAAGCUAAGACGCAGCCACAAAAGGACAUUUCCUUCGUUUCCAACCCUCGUCCCUCGUCCGCCAUGGCGCCCAAGCGCCAUAUGCCUAGACUUUCUAGCAUGCCCCAAUUCCCCAUCAUUCAAGACACCAACCUCGACGUCGACCAGACCGCCGAAUUCGCCAUUGUCGUCAGCAUGUACGAAGUAUACAACGACCGCAUCUUCGACUUGCUCGCUGGUUCCGCCGCAUACCAACCCUCCAAGACUGCAACAGCCAAACGCAGACAUCUGCUUUACAAAAACACAGAACACAGCUCCGACCGCAAAGUCGUCGCUGGUUUGAGAAAGGUCGUCUGCGAGAACCUAGAUGAGGCCCUUCUCGUGCUCGAAACUGGUUUGACAGAACGCAGAGUCGCCGGGACUGGCAGCAAUGCUGUCAGCAGCAGAAGUCACGGCUUCUUCUGUGUCGAGGUGAAGAAGAGACUGGCCGGUGCUGCAACAUCCAACUGGUCGAGCAGUGCUCUGACGAUUNGCUCUGAACGUGCUCGCGCUGCAAAGACAGCUGGCUCAACCCUCGCAGAAGCAGGCAAGAUUAACGAGUCGCUCAUGUAUCUCGGUCAAUGCAUGCAGAUGCAGAGCGACAAUGCCGACCCUACCAAGGCUUCCAACAUCGUCCCCUUCCGCCAAUGCAAACUGACCGAAUUGCUCUUCUCCAACUCGUUCCCUUCUUCAUCAUCACAUCACGUUCGCUCACCUAAGCCGCCGCAANAGGGCAUUAUGAUCGUCACAGCAGACCCUCUCGGUGACUACAACGCUACCAGUCAGAUCCUUCGCUACUCGGCUCUGGCGAGAGAAGUCACCGUUCCUCGCAUUCCCAGCUACACUAGCACCAUGGUCCCUCUCGCUCGCCCAGGAACCUCAGCCUCGGGCCGCCUUACUCCCUCGAACCCUGCUGCCAGCGAUGCAGCUCUCGAAAACGCCCUGGCUGAACUCGCUCUUCUACGUCAAGACCUCGAACUCACACAACUCCGUCUCGAAGAAGAAACACAACGACGCAAGGAAGCAGAGUCCUCAUGGUUGACAGCAGAAAACCGUCUUGAGUCGCUUGAGCUGGAACUGCGCGACGAGAUCUGGGAAGAGUUUGAAUCACAAUUGGAGUCUGAACGUCGUCGCUACCAUGCCGCUCGUGAAGCCGAGCAAGAGCACGUCGACCAGCAUCUUGACAGAAAGGUGGAGAUCCUUACAAGAGGUUUGAGUGAAGUCCAGGUCUGCGAAGACGGUGAUGCAGAAGGUGAUGAGAAGAUUGCCGAGUUGGAAGAGGAGAAUGCGAGACUCAGAGAGAAGGUGCAAGCUUUCGAACGCGAAAAGGAGAACCAGAGUCCUGUUCGCAAGAUGAGAGUGCUCAAGCCCAGAAAGUGGGAAGGCAAGGAAGAAUUCGGUGUUGGUCUUUUUGGUGGAAGUCCUUGA